AUGGCUCGAUGGGCGUUAAAAUGGCCAGUAGCUAACUUUCCUCGUUAUUUAUACCCUUUGGAUGAAAAUAAAAAAUAUAAUGAGGAACAGGAUAAAAAAUGUUUGGAAGAAGUUGCUAAAUUAAUUGAUGAAGGUAAACAAAAAGGAAAUGAAGUUGCGGCUUUGAUUGUUGAACCAAUACAAUGCGAGGGAGGUGAUCACCAUGCAUCGCCAGCAUUCUUUCGCGGUCUUCAAAAAGUGUGUGAAAAUAAGGGUGUUUAUUUUAUUGUGGAUGAAGUACAAACAGGUGGAGGUAUUUGUGGGACAUUUUGGGUACAUGAACAGUGGGGAUUGCCAAAACCUCCCGAUUUUGUUACAUUCUCAAAAAAGUUAUUGACUGGUGGUUAUUACUAUAAAGACUCUUUGAGAGUUAAUGAGCCAUAUCGAAUUUACAAUACAUGGAUGGGUGAACCAACAAAAUUGGUACUUUUAGAAAAAAUUGUUCAAGUAAUUAAAAGAGAUCAACUUGUCAGCAAAGCAAAAAAUGUUGGAAAUGAUUUAUUGGCUGAAUUAAAAAAUUUGGAAAAAUGUUAUCCUCAUUUGCUUAAAAAUUCUCGCGGACUUGGAACUCUUUGUUCAUUUGAUAUGCCUAACCCGACAAUUCGAGACAAAUUUCUCAACACGGCAAUUAAUCUAGGAUUGCAUAUUGGGGGUUGUGGUGAUGCUACAAUAAGUCUCGAAAUGUUUAAUUGUGAGUUUGGGUCAUGGCUGGGCGCAAUUGCGGAUUGCGUUUGCGGAUUUUAA